AUGGUGUUAGCAGUGUUCUAUGACCAACCACAACUGCUGGAGUGCCAACCUGCUGAGCUGUCCCAGGUCCCGCUAGUCAACACGGCUGCUGGAAAGGGGGUCCUGCAAACCUGGGGCUGCAAGCCAGUGCUGCUGGAGCAAACCAAGCACCCGGGCUCCAACGCUGCCCUCAGCGGCCGUGGCCAGCAGGAGGCUGGCGCAGAACUGGCACUGCCAACACCCCCGGGCGAGCUUAGACUGGGAAAAGCACUGGCCCAGACGGUGCACUGGGAACAAGAGCAGAGCACCUUCAUGGAGAUGCCUCACUUCAAGAAGAGGCUUCAGGACAUGUGGGCCCAGGAGAGGGAGCAUGAUGACUUCACAGGCCAGCCUGGCCCUCAGCAGCAGACGCAGGGCACCCCUAGGGAGCCAGCUAGCAGCACAGUUUCUGCCGCAUGGCCCAGCAGAGCUGGAAGGGAGCAGAGAAGUGCCUUCCGCAAACCAGCCAGGUGCCCACCAGGGAGACCUGGGUCAGCCUCUCCCUUCCCGGCAGGCAGACCUGCAGGUGCUCACAGGGAGCUGUUGGGACCCAUCCAAAUAGCAGACAUCCCUCGCUGGGCUAGACUUUCCAUCUCCACGGCUUCGGUGAGUGACUCCUGGGACCUGCAGAUGCUGCCACAAAACGCUGCUCAUGGCAAUGCUGGCCUGGGCACCCCCACACUGUGGGUAACGCAUGCCAUGCCCCAAAUACCCAGAGCCUCGUCUUCCUCCUCCAUCUCCUGGGCCCUCUUGCCAUCCGUGUUCACUUCCCUGGGCCUGUCCACCCAGAACCGGUGCGCCAAGUGCAACCUCUCCUUUCGCCUGACCUCUGACCUUGUUUCGCAUAUGCGGUCCCACCACCGGAAGGAGCAUGCAGGGCCUGACCUGCAUUCGAAGAAGCUGAGAGACGAAGCGCUCGAAUGUCCCCUCUGCCAUGAGUGCUUCCGGGAGCACCACCAUCUUUCCCGGCACAUGACUUCUCACCGCUGA